AUGGCUGCUUCCAGGAAGGUGUCGCGUGGGACCUCUUAGCUUCUGCAUCCUGAGUUCCUAGAACGGAGUGUUUAAAAUCAGAUAGAAUUACAUAUAGAUAUCCCUCCAUUUCUUUGGAACCAUCGGCCUGGAGAUCCAGCCACCGCAAGAUUCCAGCAUCAUGCCCUCGGCUCCCACUCAGUUGGUGUUGGCCCUGAUUUCACUGCUCUCCGUGCUGCCUGUGGUGGAAGCGGUGGAAGCAGGAGAUGCGAUUGCUCUCUUGUUAGGAGUGGUUCUUAGCAUUACAGGCAUCUGUGCCUGCCUAGGGGUGUAUGCACGAAAGAGAAAUGGGCAGAUGUGACUCUGAAGGGCCUCCUGAGGCAAACAUGACCGCGACAAACCUUUGUGCUCUUGAAAUUAUGAAAACUGACCUAUGCCGUUUGAACAU